UUUACCUUUAUUUAACUGAAUAAGAUCCACUGGUGACGUCGACGACAAAAGACCCCACUGCCGUAUUUUGACUGCAAGACUACGCUUCACAUUCCAGACCCGUUUUCAUUUGCUCCCGCCUAUACCAACGCUUACACGCUCCUUUGGGAACAGCACCGCUGGCAUUUGCAAUGAGCGAGCGGGCGUGAGUGAGUGAAAGGCUCCAGUAGUUCGCUCGGUCUCCGGUACAUGGCUGUGGAUUUAGCUAUAUGCUAAUAUCGAUAAGAGAGAGGAGCAGCAGUGUGGUGCUGCAAGCCGACAGUGGAGGCUACCCGAGUCUGAGCAGGCUCCUCAACAGCCAUGGCUGAAGGUGGUGAAGGGGAAGAUGAAAUUCAGUUCUUGAGAACUGAUGAUGAAGUGGUGCUCCAGUGUGUCGCCUGCAUCCACAAGGAGAAUCGCAAGUUCUGCCUGACUGCAGAGGGGCUCGGCAAUCGACUGUGCUACCUGGAACCCACAUCAGAGGCAAAGUAUGUCCCUCCAGACCUGUGCAUCUGUAACUUUGUGCUGGAGCAUUCUCUCUCUGUGCGGGCCCUGCAGGAGAUGCUGGCUAAGACGGGCCAGAACAGUGAGGGGGCGGCCCAGGGGGGCGGACACAGGACACUUCUGUAUGGACACGCUAUCCUCCUGAGGCACUCCUUCAGUGCUAUGUAUCUGACCUGUUUAAAGACAUCAAGGUCACAGACAGAUAAGCUGUCCUUUGAUGUGGGGCUGCAGGAGGACUCAACAGGUGAAGCCUGUUGGUGGACCAUCCAUCCUGCCUCCAAACAGAGAUCAGAGGGCGAGAAAGUGCGCAUCGGUGAUGACCUCAUCCUCGUCAGCGUGUCAUCAGAACGAUACCUUCACCUGUCCAUCUCCAAUGGCAACAUCCAGGUGGACGCGUCCUUCAUGCAGACUCUGUGGAACGUCCACCCCACCUGCUCCGGCAGCAACGUGGAGGAGGGUUAUCUGCUGGGUGGCCAUGUGUUGCGUCUGUUCCACGGUCAUGAUGAAGUUCUGACCAUCCCAGGUUCCGACCAGAGUGAUGAGCAACAGAGGAUAGUGAACUAUGAGACGGGGAAUGCAGGAGCGAAGGCCAGGUCUCUGUGGAGGCUGGAGCCUCUGAGAAUCAGCUGGAGCGGGAGUCACAUUCCCUGGGGCCAGCCCUUCCGUCUCCGCCACCUCACCACGGGGCACUACCUGUCCCUGACGGAGGAGAGGGGGGUGGUGCUGCAGGACCGGGAGAAGUCUGACACAUCCUCCACUGCCUUCUGCUUUAGAGCCUCCAAGGAAAAGCUGGAGUCGAGUCCAAAGCGGGACAUCGAGGGCAUGGGGAUGGCAGAGAUUAAGUAUGGGGACUCAAUCUGCUUCGUCAUGCAUGUGGCUACAGGACUCUGGCUGUCCUACCAGGCGCCUGAUGUAAAAUCAUCUCGCCUGGGCCCUCUCAAGAGACGGGUGAGACACCAAUACACUGCUUUAUUUGUCAGCUGUUUAUGAUACAGCCAGGACUUUU